AAGGAUUUUUGUAAAUGCUACGCAACUAAAAACUUUUUCACUAAACUAAUUACUUGUAGUGUUAAUUGUAUAUACAUAAAAUUUGCCUAAAAACAGCAAACUCACACAAAGGUGCCAAUUCGAGAAGCUUGAAUUUGUGGACGAGGCAGCUUCAAUUUCUCUGGAUUUCUUAAUGAAUCAUGGUCGAAGAGUUUCUGGAGAAAUUGCCUGAAAUUGACACACGCUACGAGGAUAUUGUACCAAUGGAACAAGUUAGCUCAAUGGUUUCAAACGGCGGUGGCAGUGUUACAAUGCAACGCGACGACGAAUACCGGAAUCGUAUAAUGAAAAAUAUGCCGCCGAAGCAUUCGCGUGGAUUUCUUCAUUCCGAGGAAGAAAUUAGCGAUAAGGCCUCAACGUGUGGGAAGCUGCUGAUAAUUCUAUCUUGCGCACUUGUCGUACUCACAUUGCCGUUCAGUUUGUUCGUUUGCUUUAAGGUCGUUCAGGAAUAUGAACGUGCUGUCAUAUUUCGUUUGGGUCGUCUUAUGCAGGGAGGCGCCAAGGGUCCUGGUAUCUUCUUCAUUUUGCCCUGCAUUGACUCGUAUGCCCGCGUGGACCUGCGUACGCGCACCUACGAUGUCCCACCACAGGAGGUUCUGACAAAGGAUAGCGUCACCGUCUCGGUGGAUGCAGUGGUUUAUUAUCGCGUUUCCAAUGCGACAGUUUCUAUAGCGAACGUGGAGAACGCUCACCAUUCGACCAGACUUUUGGCGCAGACUACUCUACGAAACACAAUGGGAACUCGGCAUUUGCAUGAGAUACUUAGCGAGCGAAUGACAAUUUCCGGCACAAUGCAGGUGAGUCACACCGAACUCCAAUGUGUACAUUUUGGUUUU